AUGGCGAAUCGCUUCGAGGCACGUAAGCAAAAGAUCCUGGAACAGCUUGAUGCUCCCGUGGGCGAGUAUCACGAUCUGUCGCCAAAAGGCUCAAUCGACGAGCCAAUUCGUACUCUGAUUGGCGAGAUCAACGACCUCGAAGGCCUCGUCACCACCAGCAGCUGCUCCGGAAGAAUCAGUGUGUUUCUAGAAGGACGAAAGGGGGAAAUCGAGGGUGAUGUCUCUGCCGCGGAAGGUGAAGACUCUCGCGCCGGGCCAGGAGGGAAGGGCGGUGGAGGCACCUGGCUGUUUAUUUCUCACGCAGCGGUCGAUAUCUCUAAUUCAUCCUCACCCCCAAAUUAUAUGUCAAUGUUUGGGUUGGAAAAUAUCACAGUUGAGGAGGAGAGAGCACCUGGUGUAUCAUGCAGGUACAUUCACCUAAAAUUCGAGCCGAUGAUUCUCCAUAUAUUGAGCGCAUCUAUGGCGCAUGCCCAGCGCAUAGUCACUGCAGCCUUGACCGCCGGCUUCCGUGAGAGCGGCGCUGUGGCGUUAGGGUCGACUAAGAGCGGAGAGUCCAAUCCCAUGAUAGCAGUACGUUCAACCGGAUAUUCGUUCGAUUCCAUCAUCGGCUAUUAUGAUGAAGAGGGCCAUAACGUUCCCCUUGUUGAUGUGAAAUACCUCUCCACAUUGGUCCGCAUUGCGAAUGAACGAUUUAAAAUCAACGCCGAACGGAUAGCACGAUUCCGCAUGGCCUUGCUGGAGUCGUACUAUCCUCAAACCGCCUCUGGUGUAUCCAGACCAGGUUGGGAAGAUGCAGAUGCCCGAAAAAUACGUAAAAAAGAGGAAGGCUUAGCGCGACAACGAGCACUGAAGAAUCGAAAUUCUCAAGAGGACACUGUUGCCGAGUGCGGAUCAACCAAUACCGACAAUGUCGAUGGCAUGUUCCAGCAAUAA